AUGUUAGUGGAUCUCAAUGUCGCAUGGCCACAGACUACUUUCAAUGACACUGUGAACGCCCAACAGAUUGCGGAGGUCACAAGGAUACUAGAGACGCUUCAUACACUUGGAUAUUCACAUGUUGCACUCAACUUUACAAUAAACCAUACUGAAAAGUUCCCCACGUCUCUCAAAGAGCUAAAUCCUAUAAAAAUCACCGAGUAUUUUGGAGGUCUCAUGCAAAGCACAGGCUUAAAACUUUACUCGAGAAUAACGUUGAUAAUCGACGACCCUUCGAAAGGACAGUCACUCUCCAAAAUAUCGCAGGCUUUUGACAUAGUUGCAGCAAUGCCCAUCAGCGAGAAAGCACUCACAAUGAUAACUUCGUCCUUGGAUGUAGAUUUGCUCACGUUCCAGUACAACCAUCGGCUCCCUACGUUCUUAAAACACAAGAGCAUUUGCAGCAGCGUUGCCAGAGGUGUUAAGCUCGAAAUUGUCUACGGCUACGCUUUAAGAGAUAUGCAAAGCAGACGACAAUUCAUUCAAAAUGUUAAAAGUGUGAUUCGCAGUUCACGAUCGCGCGGUAUUGUGAUCAGCAGCGGUGCCAAAAAGCCACUAGAAUGUCGAAACGUCUUGGGCGUCACUUCUCUCGUGAAAAUAUUAGGUCUUCAGAGCGACAAAUGCGUGAAAGCCAUGACAGAACUUCCAGCUCUCGUGCUUCUGAACGGAAGGCUUCGAACCAAGAGCCAUAAGCAAACAGUCGUGAUCGGAGGUGGCUUCGAGACUGAUAUUGUCAACGAAUCUGAAGUUGAUCCAGGUAAACUCAUAAAAGUGGUCAAGCGCAAAGCUUCCGAGCCCUUGGGCGAUGAACAAAAUCACCCAGCUAAAAUCGCUCGUCAUUGA